AUGGCUGGUGAUGGCCGGGGUCGUGGGCUGCACGAAGAAGUUGGCUGUCGGGACUUGUCUGCCGGCCGAGUCAUCUUCCAUAUUAUCGACUGCCAGGCAGUCUUCCUAUUCGGCCGCGCGUUGUUCCCCUUCCACAGCUGUCCCGAUCUGUCCACGCUACAGAUAUCAUCCCUGCCGCAUCCCCCCAACGGCGCGCACGAGGAUCCGCCCGACGGCAUCGAGGGGGAAGUCAUCACUGCCCCAACCUCCCGCUCGCCCUCGCCCGAUACCUUCAGUCUACGCAGCGGUCCCCGAAAACUCGCAGCGACUAAGAAGCGGGUCUCGAAGAAGGCGCGCGGCGUCCUGGGCAAGGUUCGGGCCUUCCAGAGGAUCGCUGCGGCCAAGAUGGCUCAUCCCACCAUCAAAAUCGAUACCAGCGUACAAGCGACCAAGCGGUCGCUCCCCGAGGAUAACGACGAUGGCUUCGAGAUAAUAGAUGGUCCGGAGAACGAUGAUCCUGGCCUGGAAGCGCGCGAUAAUGAAUCCGUUCCUCCAUUUCUCUGCCAGUCGGUCCUAGAAAUCCAUCAAAAAUUCGAGGAACUCGAAUGGAUGCAGCGGACACGGAUACACGAGGGGAUGUUAGCCAACGACCCCUCACACCGUUGGGCGCUAGAGGGAGACCCCGAGGUCAGGGCAAGGAACCGAUAUGUGAAUGUGCAGGCAUGGGCCAACUCCCGCAUCCAUUUGCGGGUGCCAGAAGGCGAAUGCGAUUUUAUUAACGCGUCGCCGAUCGUCCUCGAGGAUUCAGUCUCGCAGCAGGAGAGACGGUAUAUCGCGACGCAGGGACCGAAGCCUGACCAUCUCUCCCACUUUUGGCACAUGGUGUUCCAUGAAAGUGAUGAUGUAGGCGUCAUCGUUAUGCUCACGCAGACAUUCGAAGCGGGCAGAGAGAAAUGUGCUCAGUACUUCCCACUGGACCGCGAAAACCCCACGAUGCCCCUGCGACGUGUUGAGCAAGACCCUUUCGUGAACGACCACCAUCACCAGCAAGCAGACGAGGACCUUCUAGGCUAUGUUACACUGCUCGAGACCCAAUGGGAUCCCACAUCUCGCUCGGAAAUCCGCAAACUUCGGCUCACCCUCGGCACCGAGUCAAAGAUUGUCUGGCAUUUUCUCUUCGCCGGCUGGGCGGACUAUUCCAAGCCCGAGGGCGAAGACCGUGAUGCGCUCCUUCAGUUGAUCAAACUGUCCGGUUCGAAAUGCACCCCAGCAAACCCCCGCAUUGUGCACUGCAGUGCUGGUGUUGGCCGGACAGGCACCUUUAUCGCGCUUGACCAUCUUUUGCAGGAGCUCGAGUCCGGCCAGUUACUCGAGGCAACUGACCCCGACAUCGACCCUGUCUUUGAGACAGUCAACCAGAUGCGCGAGCAGCGAAUGAUGAUGGUCUAUAAUGAGAUGCAACUCCAAUUUAUAUACGAAGUUCUACGGGAGCAGACCGAUCUAAAGCUCGGAAAGACUGCCUUGCCCAGCGGGCGCAAGUCGGAUGAGAGGUCAACGAAGAUGGCCAAAUUGUCGACCGACGACAGCUACCGGCCAUCCUCCAAACCUGAGCUCGAACCUGCUGAAGAUCAUCGAUCUACUCCUACCCGGAGCUGGUCGGGCACCCCCGAGGUUUCCGAUAAUGAAUGA